CUGCCUCCUUGCUCGCGUUGCGGGCAGAAGAGCCGCCCCGGCCGGCCCAGAGUUAAAGAUUAAAAAAAAAGGCUCCGCGGGAAACGGGGAAGAGUUUGCCAAUCGGCCGGAAGGCGUCUCUGAGCCGGCGAUGUCCUGCUGGCCGGAGCAUGUAAGCAGCUGACAGCGUCUUGGGAGUCAGGAGAGCCCCCCGAGGCGGGGAGGAACAUCCAGCCGCCCCUCUCUGCCUGCCUGCCCGCUUGCUCUGCCUUUCCCCCACCACCACCACCGUUUUGCUCUUUCUCUUCUGCCCCGGCUGUGGGUAAGGGUGGGGGGGCCUUGCAGCCAAGCCAUGGGGCUGCCCACGCUGGAGUUCAGCGAUUCCUACUUGGACAGUCCGGAUUUCAGGGAGAGGCUGAAAUGUCACGAGGUGGAGCUGGAGAGGACCAACAAGUUCAUUAAGGAGCUGAUCAAGGACGGCAGCCUCCUCAUCGGGGCGCUCCGGACUCAAUCAUUAAAGGAGUUUGCCCGAUUGCUGAUUGCUGUAGAAGAGGAAAGGAAACGGCUGAUCCAGAAUGCAGAUGAUGUUUUAAUAGCACCACUUGAGAAAUUUCGCAAAGAGCAAAUAGGUGCAGCAAAGGAAGGAAAGAAGAAGUUUGACAAAGAGAGUGAAAAGUAUUAUUCCAUCCUAGAGAAGCACUUAAAUUUAUCAGCUAAGAAAAAGGAGUCACACCUGCAAGAUGCAGAUACCCAGAUUGACAGAGAACAUCAAAAUUUUUAUGACGCAUCAUUAGAAUACGUCUUCAAAAUCCAAGAAGUGCAAGAGAGAAAGAAGUUUGAAUUUGUUGAGCCUCUUUUGGCAUUUCUUCAGGGAUUAUUUACAUUUUACCAUGAGGGAUACGAGCUGGCCCAGGAAUUUGCACCAUACAAGCAACAGCUGCAGUUCAAUUUACAGAAUACCAGGAAUAAUUUUGAAAGCACGCGUCAGGAAGUGGAACGACUUAUGCAGAGAAUGAAGUCUGCCAGCCAGGAUUACAGGCCACCAAGCCAGUGGACUAUGGAGGGCUACCUCUACAUCCAAGAGAAGCGACCAUUAGGAUUUGCUUGGAUAAAACAUUACUGUACAUAUGACAAAGGGACCAAAGCAUUCACAAUGAGUAUUUCUGAAGCCAAAUCUGGAGGGAAAGUUAAUGGCCUUGUUCCGAAUUCGCCAGAAUUGUUCAAGCUGAAGUCCUGCAUCCGGAGAAAAACAGAUUCAAUUGACAAGCGCUUUUGCUUUGAUAUCGAAGUUGCCGAAAGACAUGGGAUCAUCACCCUGCAAGCUUUUUCUGAAUCCAACAGAAAACUUUGGCUAGAAGCUAUGGAUGGAAAGGAACCUAUUUAUACUCUACCAGCUAUUAUUAGCAAGAAAGAAGAAACAUUCCUAAAUGAAGCUGGUUUUAAUUUUGUAAAAAAAUGCAUUCAUGCAGUGGAAACCAGAGGUAUCACAAUCUUGGGAUUGUACCGGAUAGGGGGUGUGAACUCCAAAGUGCAGAAGCUGAUGAAUACCGUCUUCUCGCCUAAAUCUCCUCCUGAUAUGGACAUUGAUUUGGAAAUUUGGGACAAUAAAACUAUUACAAGUGGGCUAAAGAACUACCUCAGGUGUCUUGCAGAGCCACUGAUGACGUUCAAGUUACACAAGGAUUUCAUCAUUGCUGUUAAGUCUGAUGACCAGAAUUACAGGGUGGAAGCAGUCCAUGCCCUUGUCCACAAAUUGCCAGAGAAAAACCGGGAGAUGUUGGACAUCCUGAUAAAGCAUUUGGUCAAGGUAUCAUUACAUAGUCAGCAGAAUCUCAUGACGGUCUCCAACCUUGGAGUUAUUUUUGGUCCCACGCUGAUGAGAGCCCAGGAGGAAACAGUGGCGGCUAUGAUGAACAUCAAGUUUCAGAAUAUUGUGGUUGAGAUUCUCAUUGAGCAUUAUGAGAAGAUAUUCCACACGGCCCCAGAUCCCAAUAUUCCUCUUCGACAGCCUCAAUCCAGAUCCAGCUCAAGGAGGACAAGAGCAAUCUGUCUCUCCACAGGUACUCGCAAGCCCAAAGGACGAUAUACUCCAUGUCUAGCGGAUCCAGAUAGUGAUUCAUACAGUAGCAGCCCAGACAGCACUCCUAUGGGCAGCAUAGAAUCAUUGUCCUCUCACUCUUCAGAACAGAACAGCACUACGAAACCUGCCUCUUCUCAAUCCAGGGAAAAAACUGGGGUGGUUCCAUGGAUUGCGUCAUCGUCACCAUCUUCCAAUGGACCUAAAAAUUCAGGGCUUUGGACCACAAGUCCUGAAUCCUCCUCAAAGGAGGAUGCAGCGAAAACAGAUGUGGAAUCUGACUGUCAAAGUGUCGCAUCUGUUACUGGACCAGACAAUGUGACUUCCCCAGGAGACCCAACCAAAAGAGGAUUGUACAGUCUCUCUGGAAUGAAGAGAUCAUCAGCUUUGUCUUUAAGGUCAAUCCCUUCUGCAGAAGGUAACAAAAGCUGCAGAAGUUCCUUGCAAAGUUUAGCUUCCUUGGACGGCAAGGAAGUACCAAAGAUGCUAGAAAAUCCAGAUCUGCCUCCAAAAAUGUGCAGAAGAUUACGAUUGGAUACAGCAUCGAGUAAUGGCUAUCAGAGACCAGGGUCUGUGGUAGCAGCAAGAGCCCAGCUGUUUGAAAGUGGAUGCUCAGCGAAGCAGGCUAGGCAAGCCAAGGCCAUGUAUUCCUGUAAGGCUGAACACAGUCAUGAACUGAGCUUCCCGCAGGGGGCAGUAUUUUCCAAUGUAUAUCCAUCUGUGGAACCCGGAUGGCUAACUGCGACUUAUGAAGGCAAAACAGGACUUGUUCCAGAAAACUAUGUUGUCUUUCUCUAGUAAUAGUAAUAAUGGACAGCAGUUUCUUCAUGGUAUCCAUGGUAACAAGCAAUAAGCACUGUGAUUUUUUUUUUUAAUCUGACACAGAUAUGGAGGGUCUGCCAGCUAUCCCCAUGUAUGGUUGACUCCCUUCUGUUUCUGCAACUGCAGAUUAUGUAGCUCAGGGGUCUCCAACCUUGGUCCCUGUAAGACUUGUGGACUUCAACUCCCAGAGUUCCUCAGCCAGCAAACCUGGGAGCUGAAGUCCACAAGUCUUAAAGGGACCAAGGUUGGAGAUCCCUGAUGUAGCUUAUGUAGAUUAUGUAGAACAGAAUUUAACGAAAACAGUUGAGAGGAUGGGUUAUGUUUUGUUUCGUUGUUUUGUUUCAGUCUUUGUUUUAAAACUGAACAUGGUACUUUCUCUGUCUUCCACUGCUGGGAACGAGAAAAAUCACUUUAUUUUUUUUUCCCUUUAUGCACAAAAUCAAAUCACCUGAAAAUGAAUAUGCUUAAAAAAAAAAAAAUCUGAGCAACUGAUUCUCAGUUGGUCCCUAUCAUUUCAAGGAAAGCUUGUAUUUAAAUUGUUAAUAAAUGUUCACAGAUGUCACUGUUUGUAAAAGCAAUAUGGAUGUUUGAUAGGGAUAUAAAUGCUUUAAUUGGAGCAACACUUCAUCAAAGUGGUAUUUUUGUUUCAAAUGGCAUUUUAAAGCGGUAUAUAUGUGUUUUUGGUUUUUCUUCCUUCACUUCUAUGUUUUAUCCUAUAAUUAUUAAUAAAUUAUAUUUAUAAAAUCUCA